CGAUCGGUUUAGUUCUCGUCCGCAGGCCAACGCAGUUGGAACGCAUUGGAAAUUGGGAUACUCGUCUACCCGCCUUUGAGAUUGUCGCCCAGCCAGAUUCAGAUACAGAUACAAAAUGGAGGAUGACGAGAAGAUGGACAUCAUGCGCAAGGCAUUCCAAAUGUUCGACACACAAAAGACGGGCUUCAUCGAGACCCUGCGCCUCAAGACCAUUCUGAACAGCAUGGGCCAGAUGUUCGAGGAGAGCGAGCUGCAGGAUCUGAUUGACGAGAACGAUCCGGAGGAUACUGGUAAAGUGAACUUUGAUGGCUUCUGCAACAUUGCCGCCCAUUUCCUCGAGGAGGAGGACGCCGAGGCCAUUCAGAAGGAGCUGAAAGAGGCCUUCCGUCUGUACGAUCGCGAGGGCAACGGUUACAUCACCACCUCCACGCUCAAGGAAAUCCUCGCCGCCCUGGACGACAAGCUCUCCUCCAGCGACCUGGACGGCAUCAUUGCUGAGAUCGAUACCGAUGGCUCCGGAACAGUGGACUUUGAUGAAUUUAUGGAGAUGAUGACUGGCGAUUAGAGGAAUCGAUCUGGCUGACCAAAGAAAUAAAAUACCAAACACAGAAGAAGCUUUUGGGUUUAAUAAUAAUUUUUUAUUAUUUUUAAAUAAAUUAACUAAACGCUUUAAUACAAACUUUAGUUCUUGUGGUCUGCGCGCAGUAAUAAUGAAACAAAAAAAAACUGAAAGAUCGACUUAAAUAUCCAUUUAGUGUAUAUAGUUACUCGAUGUGUUCUUACAGGGUAGUGUUUACUGUCUACAUCUAGCUUAAACAAGGUUACUUGAUAAGAACGAUAAGAGAUAAGUUAAAUGGUUACGGAUAAGGAUAAAGAUACAUAUAUAGU